CGUAUGAAUUAAACAACCUCCAAAUCUUCCACUACAUCUAUCGCGAACUUGAAACUACAAAUGCUAGUGAAGGACCUUCAAUCAGAGGAAGAAUAUUGUUAAUCAACGUUGCACAAUUGGGAAUUGUGUUAUGUCCAAAGGAGGCGUGGGGGUUUUCAGUGGCACUGUGGAGAACAUGCACCUGCAUUGGAAAUACAGAGAGUUGGUUAAGAUCAUUGUGAAAGCUAAGAGCAUUGAACAAGUGAAAAGUAUUGCCCUAGCCCUAGAGGCAGAGAGUGGCGGCGUAUUGGUUUCAGUGCACAAAGUAUCCAAGGGGUAUUCCAUAAUUGUGUUUAGAGGCAAGGGCUAUCAGCGUCCUUCUACCAUUCGCCCUAAAACUCUUUUAACAAAGAGGAAAGCCUUGGCACGUUCUGUUGAACUUCAGAGGCGUGAGGCUGUCCUGAAACACAUUGAAGUUGUUAAAAAAAGAGUGGAACGGCUGAAGACCGAAAUUGAAGAAAUGAAUAGUGUAAAAGAUGAUGGAGAUGAGGAACUAUACGAGAAACUAGAAUCAGUUUAUCCUACUGAUGAUGAAGAGAGUGAGGAAGAAGCGGGCGUGGAAGGAUAUUAUAGUGAUGAUGAACUUGUAGAUGGGAGCAGGGAUGAGAAGUCAGUUCCAUUGGGAGAAUGUCGCAGGGAUUCCUGGGGUUUCUCAGAUACAGACACCUUUGGGCUUACCUCAAGAUUGGUAGCUCUCUUGGUGAAAACAGAGAGGGCCUUUGUGAAAAGUUUAGGGCCAUCAACUAUUGAAUCAAAGGGGAUAAUUAUGAAUUUUCCUUCGCCACCGGCAACCACCAUGGCCGAAGUUUCUUCCGUCUCCUCCGAUAAUAACAACUCCUCCAAAUCUCCCCACCUUGCCUUCACAACAAUCUACUACAUCAAACUCCAUAUUCCGGUUCAACUCAGCAUCUCCGAACCCAACUACAAGAAGUGGAGCCGACUCUUUCGUCUCCUUGUCCUCCGCUUCAAUCUCAUGGGAUUUCUUGACGGUACCACCGUCGCAUCUUCCGCCGACGACAUCGAAUGGUAUCAAUUUGAUUCCCUUCUUCAAGGAUGGAUCCUAUCCACGGUCUCGGAUGAAGUCUCAGAUCUCGUCCUUGCCAACAGUCCCUCCACAUAUGCCUUAUGGAAGGCGAUCUACAAACUCUUUCAUGAUAACAAACAUGCUCGGGCGAUGCAGUUGGAGCACUGCUUCCGAACGACCGUCAAAGGAAAUUGGUCCAUCAAUGCUCUUGUUUUACAGGUUCUUCAAGGCUUGCCCCAUGACAUCCGAAGCCAAGUGCACUUUUUGCAGUAUCAAAAUCCAUUCCCGACAUUCCUGGAGGUUCGGUCGGCGCUCUUCCUGGUGGAACAGCAACAAGCCGACGUCUUCCCCAACGCUGGCCCGUCAACUGCCCUCAUUAGCACCAGCGGUGGCAGCGGCAACCACACAGCCGGCGGAGGACAGCCGCGGCAGUCGGGAGGCGGCUCUGGAACAGGGGCAGCAAUGAAGGAUAUCGUGGGCGCGGACGUGGACGUGGACCGCACCAAAGCCAACAACGUCGGUGACGAACCGGCGGUUGUAUUGCAUCCGCUUGUUAGCACGGCCGCGGGGCUUCUUCUUCUUGUCUUGCUUGGUGACUUUAGGAGUCUAGCCCCUCACCUUUCUGGCAUGAGCUAAGGAUCCGUGAACCUUACCCAUUGCGGAUUCUGAACUUUCCCGUCGCCGAUGGAGAUGGGUUCGGACGCGUUUCAGAAACGAAGACGAUAUACCCUU